UGAGUGGUGCCACAGUGAAGCAGUAUCGCCGAGAGAAUUAGACGGGGACAGUCUCUAAGGAUUUAUGCUCCACAUAGGCAAAUUCCAUUUGUAUUUGCCGCGUUAUUCUUCCUGAAGUUAGAUUUUCAGCAACUUCGGCACCGAGAGCUUGUUAUAUCAUAUUUGUUGGACGUUCCUGCUUCCAGCGGGCGGCGACGCACGAUGAGCGGACAGACUUUUGAGAAGAAGAUAACGAACAUUUUAUCCGAACUCCCUGGCUCUAUGAACUGCCAUUCCGCAGCCAAAGACUCCCCGACUCUGCCAGAGUCUUCUGCGACGGAUAUGGGUUACUACAGUGGACAAACGGUACACGGUCAACACGACUACUACCACGGCCAGUCGUACUCGCAGCCCAUAAACCCGUACCCGUAUCACCAGUUUAAUCUAAAUGGGAUGGGGGGUGCGGGGGCCUACCCCACCAAAUCAGAAUACCCCUUCUCCCAUUCAUACAGACAAUACGGACAUUACAACAGGGAACUCCAGACGCCACCUCAGGACAUAGUUAAAGAAGAACCAGAGCCUGAAGUGCGCAUGGUAAAUGGGAAGCCGAAGAAAAUCCGCAAGCCGCGCACUAUUUAUUCCAGCUACCAGUUAGCUGCUCUGCAGCGGCGGUUUCAGAAGGCUCAAUACUUGGCUCUCCCUGAGCGAGCCGAGCUGGCGGCUCAACUUGGCUUGACGCAGACGCAGGUCAAGAUUUGGUUUCAGAAUCGGCGGUCCAAGUUCAAGAAGCUGUACAAGAACGGAGAAGUACCACUGGAUCACAGCCCCAACGCCAGCGACUCCAUGGCCUGCAAUUCACCGCCAUCCCCGGCCGUCUGGGACAAUAAUGCUCACAGCAACCCCGCCAGCAGGGGGCAGCUUCCCCAGCCACCACUGAGCUCUUCGCCAUCCUAUAUGGAAGAUUACAGCAGUCACUGGUACCAGCAAGGAUCUCAUUUACAGCACCCGGGCUCCGUACAUCACACUCCGCCGCCGCAAAGCGUGGGGGCAGUGUAUUAAUUUGUAAAGACUUGUUUAUAUGUUUCAAAAGGGGGAAAAAAAAGACUUUUACAUGCAACUGAUUUUCAUCAUGAUAGUAUUCGACCCAAGCAAUCGACUUCAGAAAGAAGAAAAUAAAAUAAUGAUGAUAAUAAAAAUGAAUAAUAAUCCCAAUAAAUAAGCUGACUCCGGGAAUACACGUAAAUGCAAGAUACUGUUUUGCUUCGGACGGUCUGAACACGUGAUUGAGGCACCAGGAGAACUGCGACACUACAGUACAUGGUUCCUACUAUGUCCUAUGCUUAUGUUACCUUAGGCCUACCAAAAAGUGAUAUAUACUAGCAUUUAAAAGUUCAAAAUGUAAAAAAAUAUAUAUUUUUGUAUAUGUCGAAACUGUCAUCGCUAGUGUGCAAAGUGUCAGUUACUGCAAAUUUCGUAGAUUUGGAAUUUUGAAUACAUCGACAAUUUAAGUUUGGCAAUACUUGCAUCGAGUAAUAUCCAUGGGAGUUGCAGUAAUUUAUAUAUUUGUCAUAUGACAUGUGUUUAGACAUAUAUGAAAUAGUUUAUUUGACUUUGGAAAACAUUGAUUUAGGAAAAUACACUAUGUUUGCUUAAGGGUUAUAUCACUAGGCUUGUUACGUGCUCUGUUGUGUUUUUCUUAAAUUAUUAAUGACGGUUGUUUUAUCAUGUUCGUUGUUUAAUGUCUAAUGGUAGGAAUGAAAAUGACUCUCUUUGCAAUAACUCAUUUGAAAUGGUAGAACAAAAAUAUUUCAAAUUUUGCAGGUUGCCUACUUGUAUAACCCAUGGUAAAUAUAGGUAGAGUGUAAACCAUAUGUGCUAUAUAAACUCAGGUCAUUAUUUAUAUAUUUUGUAAAAAAAAACAAACAAAAAAAGUUUAAAUCUGUAAAUAGAGCUUUGUUUUG